ACAAUGAAAUCACUUUAUGUUCUGUUCAAACCGAAGCCUUCUUCUCCCGCCAAAAUAUCUUUUCCGACCGUUCAUCGAUCCUCACCGGACGAGUCUCACUUCAUACCUCUGAUUCACUCCUGCAAAGACAUAGCAAGUCUCCGCCGCGUCUACGCUCAGAUCCUCCGCCGCAGCCUUCUCACAAGCCGCGUCGCUUCUCAGCUACUCUCUUGCUCUUCUCUUCUCAAGUCCCCUGAUUACACCCUCUCGAUCUUCAGAUACUCGAAAGAGAAGAAUCUCUUCGUUUUCAACGCUUUGAUUCGCGGUUUGACGGAGAACGCACGUUUCGAAUGUUCACUUCGUCAUUUCAUUAUGAUGCUAAGGCUUGGUGUGAGACCUGAUCGGCUAACUUUCCCGUUUGUGCUUAAAUCGAAUUCGAAAUUAGGGUUUAGGUGGUUAGGUAAGGCUCUUCACGCCGCGACGGUGAAGGAUUGCGUUGACUGUGAUUCCUUUGUUAGAGUGUCUUUGGUUGAUAUGUACGGUAAGACUAAAGGGUUAAAGUACGCGUACCAAGUGUUCGACGAAAGUCCUGAGAGAAUCAAAAAGGAGGGUGUUUUGCUUUGGAAUGUUUUGAUCAAUGGGUAUUGUCGAGCCAAGGAUAUGCAAACGGCUGCAACGCUUUUCGGGUCCAUGCCGGAGAGAAAUUCAGGAUCUUGGAGUACUUUGAUCAAGGGCUAUGUCGAUAGCGGCGAGCUGAACAGAGCAAAGCAGUGUUUUGAGUUGAUGCCAGAGAAGAAUGUGGUUUCUUUGACGACGUUGAUCAAUGGGUUUUCUCAGAAUGAUGAAUAUGAGACUGCGAUUUCGAUUUAUUUUGAGAUGGUGGAGAAGGGUAUGAAGCCUAAUGAGUACACAGUUGCUGCUGUGCUCUCUGCGUGUUCGAAAUCUGGUGCGCUUGAAUCAGGAAUACGAGUUCAUGGAUAUGUUUUGGACAAUGGGUUUAAAUUGGAUAGAGCUAUAGGGACAGCUCUGGUAGAUAUGUAUGCAAAAUGUGGGGAAGUUGACUGUGCGGCUAAUGUGUUCAGUAAUAUGGGGGAUAAGGAUAUUCUUUCCUGGACGGCUAUGAUCCAAGGUUGGGCGGUCCAUGGACGGUUUCAACAGGCUAUCCUUUGUUUCAGAGAAAUGAUGUAUUCAGGAGAGAAGCCAGACGAAGUUGUGUUUCUUGCGGUUCUAACUGCAUGUUUGAACUCAGGCGAAGUAGAUUUGGGAAUCAAUUUCUUCGACAGCAUGAGGCUUGACUAUGCGAUUGAGCCCACGCUGAAGCACUAUGUGGUAGUCGUUGAUCUGUUAGGUAGAGCAGGGAAGCUGAACGAAGCACAUGAGCUCAUAGAAAGUAUGCCGAUAAAGCCUGAUCUCACGACGUGGGCUGCACUCUAUCGUGCUUGCAAGGCGCACAACAGUAAUAGAAAGGGCGAAAUGGUGUCGCAAAAUCUUGUGGAGAUUGAUACAGAGCUUCGGGGUAGUUAUAUUUUCUUAGCAGAAGCUAAGGGGAAGCAUCAAGAUGUAGAGAAAAGAAGAUUACCUUUGCAGAAGAUGGUCAAAGAAAGAUGCAAGGGAUGGAGUUACAUCGAAGUGGACGGUCAGCUGAACAAAUUUGUAGCUGGUGAUGAUUCUCAUAAGCAAGCACAAGAGAUACGUUUGAAGCUUGAGGAGAUCGUAUCGCUUGCUGUUGAGAGAGGAUACAUUCCGGGAGGUGAUUGGUCGAUUCAUGACAUUGAAGAAGAAGAGAAGGAGAAUGUUACAGGAAUCCAUAGUGAAAAACUGGCUCUUGCACUGGGGCUUCUUAGAACUGCUCCUGGAACGGUGAUAAGGAUCGUUAAGAACCUUAGAAUCUGCGGAGAUUGUCAUUCUUUAAUGAAGUAUGUUAGUAGGAUCAAGCAACGAGAAAUUCUACUGAGAGAUGCAAGACAGUUUCAUCAUUUCAAAGAAGGAAGUUGUUCAUGUGGUGAUUAUUGGUGAUAUUAGUUGAUCAGUAAAGGUGCGCUGAGGUUUGUGCAAGAGAAUGACUCAAAACCACCAAAUUCGAUGGAAGUGCUGAUCAUUCAUAACGCUUUA